AUGUCCAUAAGGAUACCACCGCAAGUGGUUGACAUUCCAUGGAGGAAUAACAACUUCAGCCUUAUGAGCAGGGAUCCCCCCUUGUCGGAUCAAGGAGAGACCAUCAUCGGCGUCUACCUGUUGAUUUUGGGCUGGCUCUCCUGGUUCGGCAACAGUGUGGUCAUCUUCGUGCUGUUCCGCCAGCGCUUCAGCCUCCAGCCCAGCGACUACCUCACCCUCAACCUGGCCAUCUCGGACGCCAGCAUCUCCGUCUUCGGCUACUCGCGCGGCAUCAUCGAGAUCUUCAACGUCUUCCAGGACAGCGGCUUCCUCAUCACCUCCGUGUGGACCUGCCAGGUGGACGGUUUCUGCACACUGCUCUUUGGCCUGGGGAGCAUCAACACCCUCACUGUCAUCAGCAUCACCAGAUACAUCAAAGGAUGCCACCCCAGUAAAGCCCACUGCAUCACCAACACCACGGUUGCCAUGGGAGUGAUGUUCAUCUGGAUGGGAGCCUGCUUCUGGUCCGCAGCGCCCCUACUGGGCUGGGGGAGCUACACGGACCGAGGCUACGGGACGUGUGAGAUCGACUGGGCCAAGGCCAACUACUCCACCAUCCACAAGUCCUACAUCAUCUCCAUCCUGAUCUUCUGCUUCUUCAUCCCCGUCAUGGUCAUGCUCUUCUCCUACGUGUCCAUCAUCAAGACGGUCAAGCGCGGCAACGCCAUGGCCUCCGAGGGCGACAUCUCCGACCGCCAGCGCAAGAUCGAGAGGGACGUCACCAUCGUCUCCAUCGUGAUCUGCACGGCGUUCAUCCUGGCGUGGUCGCCGUACGCCGUGGUCUCCAUGUGGUCGGCGUGGGGCUUCCACGUGCCCAGCCUCACCAGCAUCUUCACGCGCCUCUUCGCCAAGUCGGCCAGCUUCUACAACCCGCUCAUCUACUUCGGCCUGAGCGCCAAGUUCCGCAAGGACGUGGGCGUCCUGCUGCCCUGCGCCGGCGGCGGCGGCGAGGGCAAGGACUCCGUCAAGCUCAAGCGCUUCAAGAACCUCAAGGCGCCGUACCCGACGCCCAGCCCGGACUCGGGGGUGGGCAGCACGCCCAGGACCCCGCCGCAGGCCCCCGAGGAGGACCCGCCCGUCUUCGUCAUCGACUUCCCGCACUCGGAGUCGCCCGGGUACGAGAUAGACAGACUGUAA